CGAGAGAUAACCACCAAGCCACACACCCUGCAGCUGCAAUAUACAAUUAAGCAGACGAUCGAGCAGAGGUGGUGGUGGUGGAUCGACGAUCGAUCAGCAAGCUCAUCAUAUCAAAAGUUAUUAGCAAAUGGAAUUGGUCGCAUCACCAUCAUCAUCAUCCUCUCCCUCCCUUAAACCCCACGACGACGACGACGGCGGCAGUAGCAAGAGCAACAAUAAUACUGCUAGCAGCAAGAAGCAGGCCACCAGCAGCAGCAGCAAAUGCCCCCCGCACGGCGGCGGCAACUUAUUCCGGCGGUGGGGGUGGGAGUGGGAGUGGGACAUGCUGACGCGUUUCCACGCCGGCUACUUCCGCAUCAGCCUGGCGCUCAGCGGGCAGGCGCUGCUGUGGCGCACGCUCAUCAGCGACUCCGCCGCCGCCGCCUCCGCCUCCAGCGGGCAUCAUGGGCCCCUGCUGCUGCCCCUGCUGCCCUCCGUGGCCUUCCUUCUCCUCUGGUCGCUGGCGCUGCUGGCCCUGCUGGCGCUCGCCGCGCUCUACGCCGUGCGCUGCCUGCUCCGCUUCCCCGCCGUGCGCGCCGAGUUCCGGCACCACGUCGCCAUGAACUACCUGUUCGCGCCCUGGAUCUCGUGCCUGCUGCUCCUGCAGUCCGCGCCGUUCCUGUUCCUGCGCCCCAGCGCGCCACCGUACCACCUGCUGUGGUGGGCCUUCUCGCUGCCCAUCCUCGCGCUGGACGUCAAGAUCUACGGCCAGUGGUUCACGCGAGGACGCAAGUUCCUCUCCAUGGUGGCCAACCCGGCCAGCCACAUCACCGUCAUCGGCAACCUCGUCACGGCCAGGGCGGCCGCCAGUAUGGGAUGGCACGAGGCCGCAGUCGCCAUCUUCGCCGUCGGUGCCGCGCACUACCUUGUGCUCUUCGUCACGCUGUACCAGAGGUUCCUCGGAUCCGACUCGCUGCCGGCCAUGCUGCGCCCGGUCUUCUUCCUCUUCUUCGCCGCGCCCAGCAUGGCGUCGCUCGCCUGGGACGCCAUAUCAGCCUCCUUCGACACAUGCUGCAAGAUGCUCUUCUUCCUCUCGCUCUUCCUCUUCGCGUCCAUCGUUUCCCGUCCGACGCUGUUCAAGCGUGCGAUGCGUCGCUUCAGCGUGGCGUGGUGGGCCUACUCGUUCCCGCUGACGCUGCUGGCGCUGGCGUCGGCGGAGUACGCGCGGGAGGUGCGGCAGGCGGCGGCCAACGCGCUGAUGCUGGCGCUCGCCGUGCUGUCCGUGGCCGUCACCCUCGCCCUCAUGCUCUUCACCGCCCUACGCACAGCCGACCUGCUGCCGCGCGACGACCCCUUCGACUGCCCGCAGCUGCCCCCCCCAGCUGCUCGUUCCUCCAUCCUAGCUAGCUAGUCAGCUAGACAACAUGCAUGCAUAGAUCAUUGAUGCAUUCUACGUUUCAAAUUAAUUAUAAAUCAGGUUUGACUUUUCUAGUAGAUGUUAAACGCAUGUAAAUUGAGAUGAGAUCGAUACAAGGACAGACAGUCUUUUGUGAAUGAAAUAUAUAUGUUGUCAUUUACUA